AUGGAACGAACUGGGCAUGCGUGUGAUUCUUGCAAAGAUAAGAAAAGAAAGUGUAAUACUCCUGGCCUUGGGUACAUCUGUCAAAGAUGUAUUAGUAUUGGCAUUCAAUGUCAAUAUUCCCCUCAUAAAAAGAGAGGAAGGCCUAAAAAGGAACAAAACCUCCCUCAAGUUUUUACAAAUAGUUUACCCCAAGUGAAUGAUUUCUCUUCCAUAAAUUCUUCACCUCAAGUGAAUGAUCUCGCUUUUACAAACUGUUACUUUCAAGUAAAUAAUUUCCCUCGGGUGAACGAUUUUCUUUUUACAAAUAAUUCACCUCAAGAGAAUGAUUUUCCUUAUAUAAAUAGUUCCUCACAUAUAAAUGAUUCCCCUCAAGUGAACGAUUUUUCUUUUACAAAUGGUUCACCUCAAGUGAAUGAUUUCUUUUUUAUAAUUUAUUUACCUCAAGUUAAUAAUUUUCCUUCUAUAAAUAGUUCCCCACAUACAAAUGAUUCCCCUCAAGUGAACGAUUUUUCUUUUACAAAUGGUAGCGAAUGA